CACGAGGAAGAAAGUCGAUUUGAGUUCUGAAUGUACCACUUGCACAUUGCACUUCUAUUUAUUCAGAAACGGUCUGAGUGUGGUGUUUAAUCCAGUAGCUGUAAUUUUCCUAUUUUUGUCAAAGUGGUAUUCAGCAAGUCGACCUUGACCUGCAUUUCGGAAUAUGGAUAUAUCAGACAAUAAAGAGGCACCUUCCGUGAUUGACCGAUAUUACACACGUUGGUAUAGAACAGAUAUGAAAGGAAAAACGUGUGAAGACUUCUGCAUCUUACAGCACUCCAACAGAAUUUGUGUGAUCACCCUUGCUGAGACACACCCAAUCCUUCAGAAUGGCCGGUCAAUUAAAAGCAUCAACUACCAGAUAAGUGCUGGCUGCAGUCGAUUGAACAAUAAAGUGUCUGGAAAGUCAAAGCGAGGAGGCCAGUUUCUCACAGAAUAUGCACCGCUAUGUAGAAUCACCUGCUCUGAUGGAGUAGAGUACACCAUUUUCAGCUGCAUCAGAGGCCGUCUGGUGGAGGUGAAUGAGGACAUUCUGACAAGACCAGACCUCUUGCUGGAAAAGCCCUCAACCGACGGCUACAUCGCCGUAAUCCUGCCAAAAUUCGAGGAGAGCAAAAGUAUCACGGAGGGUCUGCUGAGCAGAGAGCAGUACGAAGAGGUCAUCUCCAAACGAACCAAUCAGCAACCAGAGCCAUGCUGAGAAGACGCUGGUGUGGUGAACUGGCCAGCCAGUGGACUGGCGUACGGCCAGCACUGACUUAGAGAGUGACCAGCACCGAGAUCUUCGACUGUUGUUCACAGGGCCUAAAAGUUUACUGUGCCGGAAAUUCAGGUGUGCUCUUCAGGCUCAUUAAAGACCUCCAGCAUGCCAGUGGUCCUAAGACAUCAUGCAUUUCAGAACUGAGAAUGGAUCGAAGAUGCCAUGUAUAAGACAACACGUAGGCUUGGGAAUUUCCCUUCUUGGUUAGCAAUAGCACACACUGAAAACUACUGCACUGUGCCUUCAAACAUAGUUAUGCAUUUCAGUAGUGAAGUUUUCUUUUUUUCGUUGUUUGAAUGAUUAAUUUAAAAGCUUAUAGAAGUUCACUAGGAUACAAACAAACAAACAACAGCUGUUCAAGAAUAUGUUGUUUGAUAAGACAUCCUUGACAGGUAAAAUGUUUUUUGUUUUGAAAACUGUGAUAAAGGUUGUCAAAGAUAAAAGCUUGUGUUCACUCAAAAUGGUUGUCAUGUUUAGACUUACAGUACGUUUUCACUCUUAGCUCAUCCAAGACAGGCAACAUUGUACAGAAUAUUUAUUUAUUUUUUGUAGAGAAUACAUAAAUAAAUGACAAUCAUCCAUACUUUAAGAAAAAUAAGGUAUAUUUUUUAGAUUUUUUUUCUGUUGGC